AUGGGCAAUUAAUGCGGUUAAUGUGAAUGUACUAAUGCGAAAUCGAAUUAACAAGAAAAAGAAAUAGUAGUGUUAGAUCAUAAUGAAAUAAGAAACAGCAAUAACUAAUCUAAGGGCUCUAUCACAAGUAUUAAGGCUAACGGUGAGUCAAACUAAUUUAGCAAAGAGAAGGAUAAGAAUUUUAGCAAUAACCAAAAUUCUGUAUAGAGUUCAAUAAAAAAAGAAUAAGCCAGAUUUAAUGAACUGUGUAAUGAUAAAGAUAAAUUAAUCAAAGCUGCUAUUAAAAUACAGAGCAACUACAGAGGAUACUUAGUUAGAAAAAGGAAAUUAUAAAAUAGAUUGAAGAUUGUUUAAAAAAUCGUCAUUCAGGGUGCGAAUAAAAACUAUUUAUAGGAAUGUGUUGAAGUAAUAAAUCUACCUGCUCUGAAAAACGAUGCCUCAUUAGAAAGGAGAGCCCCUUAUUAAUUUAAGAGUGGGGCCAUAUAUGAAGGUUAAUGGAAGGGAAAUUUGAGAGAAGGAAUUGGAGUUCAGAUUUGGAAAGAUGGAGCUAAAUAUAUUGGGGAAUGGAAAAAUAACAGAGCCUGUGGGAAAGGAACUUUCUACCAUGUUGAUGGCGACACCUUCGAGGGAGAAUGGGAAUAAGACAAGGCAAACGGAAAAGGAAUAUAUAGACAUUCCAAUGGAUCAAGAUAUGAAGGAGAAUGGAAGGAAGAUCUUUAACAUGGCUUAGGGAAGGAGAUCUGGACUGAUGGUUCUAAAUACAUUGGGCAGUAUUAUCGAGGGAGGAAGCAAGGACGUGGAAGAUACGAAUGGCCUGAUGGUUCAUAUUAUGAAGGAGAAUGGUAGAAUAAUAAAAUAACUGGUCAUGGAGUUUACUGUUGGGCUGAUGAGAGAGGGUAUGAUGGAGAUUGGUUGAAUAAUUGUAUGAAUGGUUAUGGAGUUUACACUUGGAAGGAUGGAAGAAGAUAUGAGGGACAGUACAAGAAUGAUAAAAAGGAUGGACAUGGGAUUUACUAUUGGGCUGAUGGGAAGAAAUACGAUGGGAUGUGGAGUUAGGGAAAAUAACAUGGUUAAGGGUUGUUUGUUUUUGCAGAUGGGACUCAGAAACAUGGGAUAUGGAAGGAAGGAAAGCGAAUGAAAUGGCUAGAGAUCACUACUUGA